ACAGUCAUCAUGAGCACCCGCUUGUGUGUUUUACUGAGUCUCUUCUCCUUGGGCAUCAGCAUUGUGGAUGGACUACUGCACAGCCUGAUGAUCCUAAGGCUGUCCUUCAGCUCAGUCGUGGAGAUUCCUCACUUCUUCUGCGAACUCCCUCAGAUCAUCAAGCUCACUUGUUCUGACACUUCAGUUGAUAACAUAGUAAUAUAUGUGGCAGCUGUCAUCUUCUGUGGUGUUCCUGUGUUUGGAAUCAUGUUUUCUUACACUCACAUUGUGUCAUCAGUCCUGAGGUUGCCAUCAUUAGGAGGAAAGUAUAAAGCCUUCUCGACUUGUAGCUCUCAUCUCUCAGUUGUCUUCUUGUUCUAUGGGACAGGGUUUGGGGUGUACAUUAGUUCCGCGGUAGCUGCCUCACCCCAGAAAACUGCAGUGAGUUCAGCAAUGUAUUCUGUGGUACCUCAGUUGAUGAACCCUUUUAUCUACAGUCUGAGGAACAGGGACAUGAAGGCAGUUUUGUGGAGACUUACUGCUAGGAUAGUUUCUGUUCCGUGA